CGAGUGCGAUCACUGGGCACAGCCACGCCAAGGAUUAAAGCCCACUCGAGCAGUGGCAUUUUUACAAUUUUGGCCUACAAAUUUCGAUGGCAUAUUCGUAAAUUUUUAUUAGAGUUUUGAUUUCAAUUUUCUUUUCUUUCUUUGGGGGCGUUAUAGGAAAAAAAAAUCCUUUUCCGUAGAAUCAGAUCUUGAACUUUAAUCAAUUUUGGCCUACAAAUUUCGAUGGCAUAUUCGUAAAUCAGAUCUCUGUUUAGCUUCUCGAUUCGCAUUCUUAAUCAGUUGAUUCUUAAUUUGGUAGGUGCAUUGUGAUAGGAAUUUGGUCGGAAUAUGGAUGGAGAAAUUCCCAACAUAAAGAGAUGGGUAGUGUUGUAUCCCAUUUAUAUUAAUUCAAAGAAAACAAUUGCUGAAGGAAGACGUAUAGGUGUUAGCAAAGCUUGUGAGAAUCCUACGUGUGCUGAGAUUGGAGAUUGCUGCAGUCAUCUCAAACUUCCCUUUGCCAUUGAGAUUGAUAAAGCAUAUCCUCGUGAUUUCAUGCAAAGAGGGAGAGUGCGGGUUCAGCUGAAGAAGGAGGAUGGAGCUCUCUCCAAUCCAGCUAUUACUUCCAGAAAACAACUUAUGCUUCGUAUAGCCGAACUUGUUCCUAGACAUCCUGGGAGGACUAAGAAGCAGGAGCCAGCAUCCUCAUCAACAGCAGGACCUUCAAAAGGCAAGGGUGGAAGAAAGAAGAAAUAGUUGCAUUGCCAUUAUGAAAUUGUUAGAACCAGAUUGUUAUCAACGAGGCAGGCGGUUUCGUUUUCAGUUCUUAGUUCUUAAUUCUUAAAAGUUGGUGUUCUACCCCGGCUCUCAUCCGAAACGAAAACUAACACAAUGGUCCGAAAGUUUUUGUGAAACGUCAUCGAUACUUUUUCUUUAAUGGUCGAUAAAAAAAGUCAGGAAUACAAUUUUUAAGUGUUAACAAAUAUCACAUUUGGUGUAGCCUGGGAUUGUUUUGAACAUUUUUGUAAAUUAGUGGAUCAAGAAGUGCUUUUACUAAGAUAAAAUUUCAUGUUGGACAAAAGGAAAGUGGAUGGGAAUUUAGUUGAAUGGUCCACUUUUUUUUCUUCAAAUCCUAAGAUUGGAUGUGAAAUAACCUUUCUAUGAAUAUGAUUCACAGGUCUGGAGAUUGAUAA